AUUCCAAAAUUCAGACUAAAAUCUUUCUCUGUUUCCAGUAUCAUUUGCAGAUUUUCAAAUCCUACUAAAGGGACCCUCUUUAUGGGCAUGGGUUAAAAAAAUUAAAACAGUAGAUAGCUUCAGACAUAAGUUUGACCAUAUACAAGGACAUUCCUGAAGGCUCUGAAUGUCUCAGAUUGUGGCCCUUCGUGGUGAUCCACCUGUAAUCCCAGCUCUCAGGAGGCAGAGGCAGGAUUAGAAGUCUGAUGCCAGUCUGUGCCAAAUAGUUCCAGGCCAGCCUGGGCUAUGAGACCCUGUCUUAACACUCCUAGUCCCCCAAACCCACCAAACAACAGCAACAACCAAAUGUCAUGUAUUGUGUAUCGCAUAGAUUGUAUAGUACUGAUGGGGGUGGACUUCUAAAAAUAUCCACGUUUUGUAAUAGAUAAGAUGGCAAUGGUUCUGUGUACAUUGUAUUUUUAAGAAGCAAGCCUGGCAUUUAACAUUUAGUAGUCUGAUUGCAGUUUAAAGGAACGGAACCAAGAGCUAAUUUCCUGUGUUUGAAUAUUUGCUCUGUUCUCUUGUUCAGGGUUUUGGGUUGUAGACUGCAAACGGAGAUUUUUCUCACUGUAAGUCAGGGUAUGGAACAUACUUAAUGAGGCUUUUGCUUUGAUAUCUGAAGAUAUAAAGAAAGAGAUCAAGCGGUCUCAGGAUUUGGAGAAAAGUAAUAGUGAAAUGAAAAGGAAAAAUGGCAUAGAUUUAAAAGAUAUUGUGUUUGUCAUCCAGAGUCAAAGUAAUUCUUUUCAUGCAACAAGAGCAGAGAAAUUGAGAAAAAGUAUCUUAAAGCAGGCUGCCAAUCUCACACAGGAACUUCCCAGAGUCCUCCUUCUCCACCAGCUGAUAAAGCAGGAGGGUGCUUGGACCAUCCUCCCACUGUUACCACAUUUUUCUGUAACAUAUAGCAGAAAUUCAUCAUGGAUUUUCUUCUGUGAAGAAGAUACAAGGAUCCAAAUUCCAAAGCUCUUAAAAAUACUCCGAAAAUAUGACUGGUCUAAGGAAUGGUUUUUAGGAAAAGCAUUAUACGAUGAAGAAUCGACCAUAAUCCACCAUUAUGCCUUUUCUGAAAAUCCUACCGUUUUUAAAUAUCCAGACUUUGCUGCUGGCUGGGCCCUUAGUCUUCCACUUGUAAAUAAGCUCGCCAAGAGGUUAAGGAGUGAAUCUCUGAAAUCUGAUUUUACAAUAGAUUUAAAACACGAGAUUGCCCUCUACAUUUGGGACAAAGGCAGAGGGGCCCCCCUCACUCCCAUGGCAGAGUUUUGUACAGAAGAUGUGGACCCUGGCUGUGCCACCACAUUCCAUUCUUUUCUACCACUGUGUGGGAAACCAGUGAAGAAAGAGGAUAUUUUUGUUGCAGUAAAAACAUGCAAGAAAUUUCAUGGUGAUAGAAUACCCAUUGUAAAGCAAACUUGGGAGGAAGAGGCUCCUCUCAUUGAGUACUACAGUGACUACGCAGAAAGCUCCAUCCCUACUGUGGAUCUGGGAGUUCCGAAUACUGAUAGAGGUCAUUGUGGAAAAACAUUUGCCAUUUUGGAAAGAUUUUUGAAUAAUAGUCAUGACAAAGUGGCAUGGCUAGUCAUUGUGGAUGAUGAUACUUUAAUAAGCAUCUCCAGGCUCCGGCACCUGCUUAGCUGCUACGAUUCCAGUGAGCCUGUGUUCCUGGGAGAGCGGUACGGCUAUGGCCUGGGCACCGGCGGCUACAGCUAUGUCACAGGAGGAGGAGGCAUGGUCUUCAGCAGAGAAGCCAUCAGGAGACUCCUUGCCAGCAAAUGUCGGUGCUACAGCAAUGAUGCUCCUGACGACAUGGUCCUGGGCAUGUGCUUCAGUGGACUGGACAUCCCCGUGACUCACAGUCCACUCUUCCACCAGGCUCGGCCAGUAGAUUACCCAAAGGAUUACCUUUCUCAUCAGAUUCCCAUAUCAUUCCACAAACACUGGAACAUUGAUCCGGUGAAGGUGUAUCUGACCUGGCUGGCACCCAGUGUGGAGGACAAAACCAGGCAGGAGACGCAGAAAGCUUCUAAGGAAGAGUUAUAAAGCCUGAUGGCCCUGGGUAGAGUAUGAAGAGGCACAGCCAUGGAGACCUGAACUGUCCCACUGGGCUGUGCUCACCACACUUCUUGUGUAAGGCACCGGGCACUGGACGCUUCUUGACAUGAGGUGGAAAUAGUCCAUAUGGUAUUGCUGGAUGAAUAAAAGUAAUCUUGGGGGAACUGAUUUUAUUUUAUUUUCUGGGAAAAAAAUAAUUCACUUGCCUUUUGAUGGAUGUAGUUACUGUAACACAAUGAUUAUUGUGCAUUUUCCAAGCUGUGAUACAACAGCUUUACUGCUGUCACGGGAAACAAACGGUACCUAGAGCCCCUUCCUGGUUCCCUCUCUUCAUGAUGAGUUUCAGUUGGGCAUGAGAGUGAAGAAAUGUGACUGGCUAUCAUUUCCUAUAAAGAAUGAUAACCUUUUGAUGUGGAUGUUGCUCAUGGUAAUGAACUUUAUGCCAUAUUAUUGAUGAUGAAAAUCAUUUUCUGGAAACUCAGUUGGAAUGAUUCUCUUAGGAUGAUUCAUAAAACAUCAUAAAAGCCUAAAUAUAAAACUCCCUGUUGUCUCUAUAAUCAUGGUUGUUAUAUUUUUAUCUUUUUUUUUCUUUUUGCUGUUUGUGGCCCAUCAAAAGGCCUUCGGGUUGACUUUCCUGUUUCUUUAGAAGUUCAUCUAUGCACCAUUUCUCUCUAAGCUCCUAUCUUUAUGGCCACAAGUAUACAGGGCACAGCCAGAAGAGAAGAUCCUCAGUAUCUCAAAGCAAGUCCACGGGUCUCCUUCAAGUCAGCAGCUCCUCCAGGCUCGGGAGGUGAAUUCCACAAAGGCCUGGCAUUUCACCUUGUUUCUCUGUGAGAGCUUCUCCUCCGGCUUGGCAUUGAUGCCUCAGCCUUGUCCAGUACCCACGACACCCUCUGGAAGGAUGGCACAGGGAUUUGUCAACUUGUCUGAGUUCUUAAACAGUGACAUUUGAACAUAGCAUUUAAAAAUAACUCUAGUUUGAAAAUCUUAUAUUUAAUAUAUAGUAAUUUAACACAUUCAGUAUUGCUAUAUAAAAAGUACUCUAUAUUUUAAUGCUCUUAAUUCUAUUCAUUUUUGCAAAGAUAUUUGCAUAUGAUUUCAUUUUAAUAUGUCAUACUAAUUUUGGUACAGUAGAAUACUUUCUUCUCUUUUAAAAAAAAUGUUCUUCAUUAACUUUGCUUAUAAUGCUUUUUAUAGCAAGGCGCAGGGUUUUAAAGCCAUAUCACUAAAAGUACCUGUGUGUGUGUGUAUGCGUGUGUGUGUACUUUUUAAAUAAACAAUAUAUAAAUAU